CUCUCCUUACUUAACACAAUACCCUUUACACCCUUUUUUUCAUCACUUCCUACUAAAAAACCCUCCUUAGCUUUCUCUCUCUAGAUCAACUCUCUUGCUUCAACCAUGGUGAUGCUAAAGGGUCUUUCUGCUUCCAUGAAUGCAAAAAUCUCCGGUACCGGGGACGAGUUCAUUGUUUUAGCUCAUGGUUAUGGUGGAGAUCAAUCCUUUUGGGAAAAAGUUGCUCCUUUUUUAGAAGAAAAACACAAAGUUGUUGUUUUUGAUUGGAAUUUUUCUGGUGCUUUUAAUGAUAAAGUUCAAGAUAAUCAUACCUUUGAUGAGAUUAAGUAUGGUUCUCUUGAUACUUUUGCUGAUGAUUUGGUGAGUUUAAUGGAUGAAAUGAACAUAAAAUCAUGUGUUUUUGUUGGACACUCUAUGUCUGGUAUGAUUGGUUGUAUUGCUUCCAUUAAAAGGCCUCACCUUUUUAAGAAGCUUAUACUCAUUGGAGCAUCACCCAGGUACUUAAAUUCAGAAGAUUAUGAAGGAGGGUUUGACGCUUUACAAAUAGAGCAACUCCUUUCUACCAUAGAAACCAAUUUCUAUCCUUGGACCACGGCAUUUGCUCCUAUAGCCGUAGGUGGAGACACUCUUUUAGCUGAAAAAUUUGAGAAAAGUUUAAAGAAAAUGAAGCCAGAAGUUGCCCUAGCUGUUGCAAAGAUCAUCUUCUUAGGCGAUUAUCGUCAUGUUCUUGAAAAAGUUGAUACACCAUGCACCAUCAUAAGCACCACAAAUGACCUUGUAGUUCCUUCCUCAGUGCCUUAUUACAUGCAAAAGAAGAUGAUCAAGGCGAAAUCGAAGGUCGAAAUCAUCGAUGUUGAUGGCCAUUUCCCACACUUGACUGCACAUAAUGAGCUCCUAAAUGUCCUUAGUAAGGUGUUGGAUUCCUGAUAUGCUUGGAUUUUUCUCAAGUAUAUGCAUGCAAUUUCCACUAAUUAGGUUAGUGGGAACAAAAUCUAGGGUUUGUGAAAUAAGAGCCAAGCUUUUGUUAUUUGAUAUAAUUAAGCAUAUCACUUUGCAAAAUUAGGAUUAGGGAUAGCUAGCUAGGUUUGGUUUUGCAAGUUUUGGCUGAAAAAUGUUACCUUCUAGAUUCUACUCCUUGUGUUUUUAAUGAAAAUUGCUCGUUUGUAUAUGUUUUUAAUUAAUGUAAGGUUAUUAUAUGAGUAUGUGAUA